CUAGCGCGCGCCGCGGCCGGGCAGGGCUUCACUGCUGGGGAGUCGAGGGGGUCCGCUCCGCCGCGUGCAUGGCCGCCGCCAUAGUCGUCCGCCGAUCGGGGAUCGUCGUCUAGUCGUUUGACGCCGGCACGCCGCCGCGUUCCGUUGGGCUGGGCUGGCGGGCUGGGCGGGGCCGGGCGAUCGAGCAAUGGUGGGCGCGGGGAGGGAGCGAGACGCUGAUACGGCGGCGGCGGACAAGGCGCAGGCGGCGCGGGAGGUGUGCGCGGCGUCGUCGGCGUUCGCGUCGUGCCCGCACCGCCGCCGCUCCCCGCGCGGCGGUCGGCCGCACUUCGUCGACUGGUACCUCGUCCUCGCCAUCGGCGAGGCCGCGUCGGAGGACGCCGUGCGGCGGCGGUACCGGCAGCUCGCGCUGCAGCUGCAUCCGGACAAGAACAGGCACCCCAAGGCGGAGGUCGCGUUCAAGAUCGUCUCCGAGGCGCACGCGUGCCUGACGGACAGGGCGCGCCGGCGGGCCUUCGACGCGGAGCGGCGCGCCAGCUUCUGCGCCGCGUGCCACGACCGCCACGCCGCCGGCGGCAGGCUCCGCGCCACGGCCGACAACAAGCAGAGGGCGGCGGCGGGGUCCAGGAGCAAGCAGCAGACCCGCGCCGCGCAGGCGCUGCGGGACGUGCAGAACCGGCUGCGGGACGAGUGCCGGGUCAUCGACGGCUGCCUGCGGGCCAACACCGCCGCGGCGUGCGCGCGCCGGCGCCAGUCGUUCUCGUUCCCGCUCUUCGACCCCUCCGACCGGCGCCGCUUCCCUGACUACCCGCACGUCCGCCCGCCGCCGGCGCCGCCGUUUGGCAACGCGGAGUUCUGGCGCUUCGAGGAGCGCCUUGGGCGCGGGGAUAAGGACCAGAACCAGAGGUGGUGGUGCAGAGGCGAGUCGCCUGUCUACGAGAUCAGGACGGCGGCGGCCGCAGAGGGCACCGCGCGAACCAACCGUGCGUGGUGAAGACAGCGUUAGCAUAAGCACAUGUUUUUUUGUUAGUUUCCUUCUUUUCCAUCUCGGGAAAGAAGCGUUCAGAUUUACAUUUAGAUCCAUAAUCCUUCAUCUUUGUCAAAACUUGUUUUUAGAUCAAAAGCACGGAACAUACCCGAAAAGCAUUUUUCAAUGAGAGAAGUUAUCUGAAGGUGACAGAAUCUCAGAUCCGGAUCC